UCAGUGCAGAGAAGCUCGUCUUUGGGCAACAGCCGCAGCCUGCAGAUACAGGAAUGCUUUUGCACUGACAUCAGCUAAGAUAAGGCACACAGCCACUCUUAAUUUGAGGACAUCUUUCCUGCCGGCAAGGUGAUACCCGGGGACGCUGUUUUCAUCCAUCCGCGGGGCUACUUUUCUUUUUCUUUUUACGAGAAAGCGACUGUUUCUCAUGGCUUUCUUCUGGGUAAUGAGGAGCGGAGCUGAAGUUUGAGCGAGUGUCAAAGCCCUCUGUGUCUAUUAUCGCUCUUCGGGCUGUUAUCUUGAGGGUGGCAUUUCUACUGUUGUUGGAUUGUUGUUUUCCAGAAAGGAUGGUGCUGGAGAAGGAGGAGAGUGUGUCUCUCGUGUCCCUCCAGUCCAGAGAGAAGCCCAGGGGCUGUGCCGGCUGCAACGGGAAGAUCCGGGACCGCUUCAUGCUGCAGGCUUUGGACAGGUACUGGCACGAGGAUUGUCUGAAGUGUGCCUGCUGUGACUGCCGCCUGGGCCGGGUGGGCUCCACCCUCUACACCCGGGCCAACCUCAUCCUCUGCCGCAGGGACUACCUGAGGCUCUUUGGGGUGACGGGGAACUGUGCAGCCUGCAGUAACUUGAUCCCUGCCUUUGAGAUGGUGAUGAGAGCCAGAGACAAUGUCUACCAUUUAGACUGCUUCGCCUGUCAGCUCUGCCGCCAGAGAUUUUGCGUGGGAGACAAGUUUUUCCUCAAGAACAACAUGAUCCUGUGCCAGCUGGACUACGAAGGAGGCCAUCUUAAUGGCAGCACAGAGAGGCAGCCUCAAUAAGAGAUCAGAGCAUGAUGACUGGGAGCCAGUUGGACUAUGAAACUCACACCAGCAGAGUCCUUAUCGGCUUCCUGUUUCAGACUGAAGCAUGUGUGGAAACAACACUGAUUUCCAUGAUUGAACUCUUUAUUAUAGAGCUGCGUGGGAACUAUCCUAAAAACUAACAUUUCUGAUCAGAUGGACCAGAGAUGAACCAGGAAGUGAUCAUGGAAACUACCAGGAGGAUGUUUAAUGUGGACUGUGAUGGCUCUUCAUACAUUCAACCAAUAAUUUGAGUCUGUUCACCAAACUUGAAAUACUAGAUGGAUGGAGGGAAGCCAAUCAGACCACACAUAGCAUCAACCAAGUCAUCCAUCACAGGGAAAAAUACUAAGUUGUCUUUUUAAACUUCUCUAUGAUUGGCAAAUUGUUCUGGCAGCCACUGAACUGUCCUUUGUGGUGAACCCCACCCAUCUGGCAUGUAGGACGCCGCAAAACAAACUGAAACAUAUUCGCAAAUACUGUUUGAAUACAGUUCAACAUCUGAUGAGAAUCAACUGCUUCUCCUUCAUCCCACCGAAGACCCGGCUGAACUGAGCGAUGCUUCAAACCCACAACAGUUUUGUUUUCACUCUGAUCUCAAGCUGUUGUUUUUUUUCUCGACUAAUUAAACUGAAUUUUAAUUUCAGUUUGUGUGCUCAUUAUUUAUGUACUGCGAUGACUCAUAAUCAAUGUGAGUACGCAUCAGACACCAGUGAGAGGAUGUUAAAGAGACAUUUCAUGAGAUAUAAAAAAAAAAAAAAAAAAAAAAAGACUCUGCUUGCAAUAAUAAUGUGUCUUGUUUUCCAUCAUCAACAACAACAAAAGUUCAAUAAACUGCUUAGAAUUCA